ACGGGAAGAUGUGAACUUCCCCUCUCCACCUGCUCUCCUCUUCCCUUGCCCCCUCUCUAGAGCUCCGGACGCCCACAAGUCUCUACCUUUGGAGGCUUGAGCUCGGAUCUGCAGAGGGAGGAAGGAAGCGGCCGUCGUGUCGACUGGCUCACAGAAGUGUUCUUGGUGUGGGCGGAGUGUGGCUACAUCCUCGGGAUUUCCGCCGUAGCCCUCCGCUUUUUCCGUCUCUUUCUUGAAUUGGCGGUGAAUCGUCUCCGAUCAUGUCCAAGAACCAGAAGCCCCGAAGGAAUUAACCGGAUUUUAGCACUGUUCGGUUUUCGGAUCACUUUUUCUCUCUGAGAAAUCCACUAGCUGAAGAUCUUUAGUUGCAGUUGCUGGGGUCGUGCUGUUUGAAAUGACACCAAAGCUGUACAUGGUGCUUAUGUGGGCAAUACUGCUUAUUGUCUAUAGGACAACGAACUUUCAAUUUCAACAUGCAGAGUUGGAAACAAGAUUUCAUCCUUUUGAUUCAAUGAAGGACCAUAAAUCAGUUUCUGUCAGGGUUGGUUACCUACCUCGUGGUAUGGCACAAUCAAAAUCGGAUUUGGAACUAAAGCCCCUAUGGUUUUCCAAAAGCCAUGUGACGAAGCAGGACAAUGAUCAAAGUCAUCAUAACUUGUUGGCAAUGACUGUUGGGAUAAAGCAGAAGCUAACUGUGGAUGCAAUUGUUAGGAAGUUUCUUUCAGAGAAUUUUGCUAUUAUACUAUUUCACUAUGAUGGAAUUGUCAAUGAAUGGCACGAUCUCUGGUGGAGUCAUAUUGUGAUUCACAUAGCUGCUCAUAGCCAAACUAAAUGGUGGUUCGCAAAACGUUUUCUGCAUCCAGAUACUGUCUCCAUAUAUGAUUACAUAUUUCUUUGGGAUGAAGACUUGGGGGUUGAAAAUUUCCAUCCUGGAAGGUACUUGAAAAUAAUGAAAUCAGAAGGAUUAGAGAUUUCUCAGCCAGCUUUGGACCCAAAUCUAUCUGAGAUACAUCACCGGAUAACUGUUCGCAGAAAGAAAAGGACCGUCCACAGAAGAGUAUUUGGUACUCGAGGUACUGGAGAAUGUUCAUCAACUAGCACUGGCCCUCCUUGCACUGGAUGGGUUGAGGGAAUGGCUCCAGUUUUCUCGAGGUCUGCAUGGCAUUGUGCUUGGCAUCUCAUUCAGAAUGAUCUAAUCCAUGGGUGGGGCAUGGAUAUGAAACUCGGAUAUUGUGCUCAGGGUGACCGAACUAAGAAGGUAGGUAUAGUAGAUAGCGAGUUCAUAGUCCAUCAAGGUGUACAAACCCUGGGAGGAUCUUCAGCCGAGAAGAUAAGCCUCCACCAGACAGAUAAGAGAUCUAAACGGCUCCUUCAUAACAAUGCCUUGCAGGGUUAUCAGAGAGGAACAUUUGAUCCUAGAACUGAGAUUAGGAGACAGUCCCGAUCUGAGCUUUACCUCUUCCAGGAACGAUGGGACCAGGCUGCAAGAGAAGACGAUGGUUGGGUCGAUCCAUUUCGUGUUCCUAAACAGAAGAAACAAAGACCAUUGACUUCUAAUGCCCCUUAAUCCACUCAGAUCAACAACAAUCACGGCAUAUACUUUUCUGGUCUUGAGAAAAAGUGUCGUCGAUCAUGCAUGGGCGGCGGUGGGGCUCAGAACAUGGGGUCUAAGAUGUACAGUGUUCUUCGUUAGUUCUAUGCUAUCACUGUCUCCAAGAUUUUAUGCUCCACAUUCGGUGGCGGAAAAGCUUUAAAGAUUCAAUGUACCAAAACGAAGUCUGAUGUGCCAUUGCGAAGAAUUAAUGAUCGAUGCAAGGAGAAAGGGUUUCAAACGA